UCAGUGUUUCAAUCCUCGAUUUCCUUAUUUGAAAUGAACUCACGUUGUACUCUAAUCUCACGUUAUCCGGCUGAGACUGACUGUGUUUGAACCUUCGCCACCACCGAGCCUCAGUCACGGGCAGGGCUGAGGUCAACUCUACUCUAUUCUCAUCGGGUACAUUUUCUUUCUGGGUUUUCACGGCCAGUCUCCAUCUACCUUCAGAUUGCAAGUAUCCAAUAUUCUUUCUCAUGGCUCCGUCUCGUUGAUUCUUUCCCCCUUCUCCCUCGUAUCCACACCAACUGUUUGUAGAAUUUCCCAACAGAGUAACUCUGCAGGAAGUACAGUUGAUUGGGCAUCUCUAAACUUUCCCUGGAUGGCGUAUCGUUAUUUGAUGUCGAGCAGCAACAUGGGGCUUCGUUUUAUGUCAUACCCACAGAAGAAUCUGCUGACGGUGUUCUCGUCUCUGUCCCCAGUGACUGCAUUUGCCAGUAUCAAAACUCUGAAAGGGGCUUUCUCUUGCAGUUAUUGUGUUCGCUGUCAAUUCAACUUGGAUGAUUUUAGCAGCAAGAAGAGGCAUUUGGAAAGAGUUUACACCACCAACUCAAAUGGCAAAUUUAGCAAUAAGCAGUUUAUUAGUGUUGAUCCGCAGCUGUAUGAGUAUAUACUCUCCAAUGUUCGAGAGCCUGAGAUCCUGGGGCAACUUCGUGAAGAGACUGCCUCAAUGCGUGGUAGCAAAAUGCAGGUAUCCCCUGAUCAAGCACAACUUCUUGCAAUGCUUGUUCAGAUUCUUGGUGCUAAGAGGUGCAUCGAAGUGGGUGUUUACACUGGAUACUCAUCUUUAGCCGUAGCACUAGUCCUGCCAGAAUCAGGGCGUUUAGUUGCCUGUGAAAGAGAUCUUGAAUAUCUUGAGGUGGCUAAAAGAUAUUAUGAACUUGCCGGUGUUUCACACAAAGUGGAUGUGAGGCAUGGGCUUGCAGCAUAUACACUCAAAUCACUUAUUGCAAAUGGUGAAGCUAGCAGCUAUGAUUUUGCCUUCAUCGAUGCCGAGAAGAGGAUGAACGAGGAAUACUUCGAACUACUAUUGCAAUUGGUCAGGGUCGGAGGCUUAAUUGUGAUUGACAAUGUCCUUUGGUACGGAAAAGUUGCUGACCCCAUGGUUGAUGACAAGAAGACUGAUAGCAUUAGGAGACUGAAUAAAAAGAUAUUGGAAGAUGAUCGAGUUGGAAUAAGUAUGGUACCAAUUGGAGAUGGCAUGACAAUUUGCCAAAAGAGAUGAAUGGUGCGUUGAAAUGAGAAAUGAUGUUUUUGGUAGAAUGGAAGUUGAUUCUAUGUUGAAAACUUGAAGACCAACGAGGGUUGUUUAACUCAUUCACAUUACUGUAGCCUGUCGGUAGUGUUGAAAUGAAUAGAAAAAUUGUAAAAAUCGUCAAAACCAACCAAAAAUAAUGUUAAUUCGGAUCGAAAACUAUCCGGUUUGGAAGUUUUGGUUUGCAAACGAAGAAAAUUGGAUAUUUUCGAUGGUUUGCAGUUUUUUUA